ACGGCCUCUCACCUCACCUCCUCUGCCACUGCCACCCCAUCGCCACCUUUCUUCAUAGGUUCCUAUACUACCGAGCUCCACAGCAGCGCUAUCCUCUGUCUACUCACUAAGCAGCGUACAACAUGUGUGGCGGCGCGAUCAUCUCCGACUUCACCCCGGAGCGCGACCACCGCGGCGGCAGCAAGCGCAGCCUCUGCACCGCCGACUUCUGGCCGCAUGCCGCCGCCGCGUUCGACGACCCUACCGGCCACCACGACUUCUACCCAGCCGACCUGACCGGCGCCUGCUCGUUCCCUCCCCAGCACCAAGCAGCUGCGGCAGGGGAGGAGCCGAGCAGGAAGCGGGAGCGCAAGACGAUGUACCGCGGCAUCCGGCGGCGGCCCUGGGGCAAGUGGGCGGCGGAGAUCCGCGACCCGGCCAAGGGCGCGCGCGUCUGGCUCGGCACCUUCGCCACCGCCGAGGGCGCCGCCCGCGCCUACGACCGCGCCGCCCGCCGCAUCCGCGGGACCAAGGCCAAGGUCAACUUCCCCAACGAGGACCCGCCGCUCGACCUGGACGACUACGACGUCGCCAACGUCGCCGGCUUCUUCCACCAGCCGUCGUACAUGGCCGAUGCCGCCGCGCCGGCGACGGAGGUGGCGUACGCGCACCAGCUGCCCCAGCAGGACGAGCCCGGGAUGGAGCUCUGGAACUUUGACAACAUCAACACGCAAGUGAUAUAGAAACUGGUCUCUUCUGCAUGCAUGUAAUAUUGCCUUUACCAAAUUAUUAAGCAUAUGAUGAAUUACGAUUGUUUAGUGAGAAACUUUGAAUAUCGUCAAACGAAUAUUUUACUCA